GUCUAAUUGGCCAAUUAGGGCGUGCAGUGGGCGGAACCAGCAGACGCGUGUGGUCGGGAGGCUGUCAGUCACUCCGCAAGUCCACGCCCACCCCCGGCGUGAGAAAGGAGGUUCAGCGACGACUGUGCGGUUUCGUGUGUGUAGGCUGAGACACAGACACAUAUGACAGUUCACAGCGGAACUGCAGGACUGCAGAGGAGAAGAAUACAGCCACUUUUGCCAUGUUUUAGGAAAAUGUUUUACCUGCUUCCUUUCAGCCGUGUUGUUCACGGAUACGGACAAUGUCUGGGUUCGCGUCGCUAACUGUUGUUCCGACGUGACAGACGAGACGAGUGCUGGUAGACACCACAGCGUUUCUGCAGAUAGGCUACCACACACAAACUGACAGCACUUCUCACCUGAAGGACGAGCUGUGAAAGCCGGAGAAGGAGAAACGAUGGCGGGGCAAAACGACUGCUGUGUCAAAGUCUGUCUAAGGAUCCGGCCUCAGAUGGCGAAGGAGAAGAUCGAGGGCUGCCACAUCUGCACCUCAGUGACCCCAGGAGAGCCCCAAGUGCUGCUUGGUAAAGACAAGGCCUUCACUUACGACUUUGUGUUCGACAUUGAUGUCCAGCAGCAGCAGAUCUAUAGCGCCUGCGUCCACAAGCUCAUCGAGGGCUGCUUUGAAGGAUACAACGCUACAGUCUUUGCCUAUGGCCAGACGGGCUCAGGGAAGACGUACACCAUGGGCACAGGCUUUGAUGUGACUGUGGGCGAGGAAGAACAGGGUAUCAUCCCACGUGCUGUGCACCAGCUUUUCCAGGGCAUUCAACGACGGCGGCUGGAGGCUCAGGAAUGUGGCGCACACCUGCCGGAGUUCAAAGUCAGCGCCCAGUUCCUCGAGCUGUAUAAUGAGGAGAUCCUGGACCUGUUUGACAGCGCACGUGAUCCUGAGGCUCGAGGUAGGAAGUCCAACAUUAAGAUCCACGAAGAUGGAAGUGGUGGCAUCUACACCUCAGGAGUGACCUCGCGCCUGGUCAGCUCAGAGGAAGAGCUCCUCCAGUGCCUGAAACUUGGCGCUCUGUCUCGGACCACGGCCAGCACACAGAUGAACGCGCAGAGUUCCCGCUCUCAUGCUAUCUUCACCAUCCACUUGUGCCAGAUGCGAGUGUGUCCCCAGCCCAGUCUGGUAAAUGGGUCUGUAAAUGCUGAGGAGAAUGGAGUGGCUGAUGGCUCCAUCUCACAGCCUGAGUACGAGACCUUAACCGCCAAGUUUCAUUUUGUGGACCUGGCUGGAUCGGAGCGGCUCAAACGCACAGGAGCCACGGGAGAACGGGCGAGAGAAGGCAUCUCCAUCAACUGUGGCCUGCUGGCCCUGGGUAAUGUGAUAAGUGCACUGGGAGAUCAGAGUAAGAAGGCUGGUCAUGUCCCUUACAGAGACUCCAAACUCACUCGCCUGUUGCAGGACUCACUGGGAGGGAACAGUCGAACAGUGAUGAUUGCUUGCAUCAGCCCCUCAGACCGGGACUUCAUGGAAACGUUGAACACACUGAAGUAUGCUAACCGGGCGCGCAACAUCAAGAAUAAGGUGGUGGUGAACCAGGACAAGACCAGUCAACAGAUUAGCGCCCUGAGAGCUGAAAUCGCUCGUCUGCAGAUGGAGCUCAUGGAGUACAAAGCGGGAAAACGUGUGGCCUGUGAGGAUGGCUCAGAAGGUUUCAGCGACCUGUUCCAGGAGAACUCCAUGCUGCAGAAGGAGAAUGAUACCUUGCGGAUGCGCGUGAAGGCCAUGCAAGAGACCAUCGACCACCUCAACACCAGAGUCACUCAGCUUCUCACCAAUGAGAUCAACCUGCUGCUCACCAAGACAGGUGAGACUAAUGAGGAGAUUGGUAAUCUGAUUCAAAACUACAUCAGAGAGAUUGAAGAACUCAGGUCUAAGCUGCUGGAGAGUGAGGCAAUGAAUGAAUCCUUGAGACGCAGUGUGUCUCGUCUCUCUGCUCGCUCUCCUUACCCUGCCUCCCAUGCCUCCACCCCUGGGCUCCCACUGGGCUCCUCCCCCUCUGUUUCCAUGGAGGCAGAGAUGACGGAUGUGAUUCGUCGAGCCAAGUUGGACAUUGAGAGACUGAAGAAGAAGGAGAGGAAUCAGAGGCGCAAGAGUCCAGAGAGGGAGAAGGGCUUGAAGAAGAGAGCGAAGCUUCAGGCACAGGAGAACGAGCAGAAUGGAGAGAGUGUCCUGAGCAGAGAAAACGGAGACGGUGACUCUGAUAAUGAGCCUGAAGAAGAUGGCAUGUACCCACUUCCUGAGGAGGAGAGUGGCUGUGAUGAAGAUGAGGAGGAUGAGGAAGAAGAGAUCAGAGAGGAAGAAGAGUUUGAUAGUGAUGAGAGUCUGGUGGACUCGGACUCUGACUCCGAUGAAAAAGCUAACUUUCAGGCGGACUUGGCAGACUUGACAUGUGAAAUAGAGAUCAAGCAGAGGCUGAUCGACGAGCUGGAGAACAGCCAGCGGCGGCUGCUGACUCUGAAGCUCCAGUACGAGGAGAAGCUCAUUCUACUUCAGAACAAGAUCCGGGACACACAGCUGGAGAGAGACCGUGUAUUGCAGAACCUCAUGUCCAUGGAGAACUACACAGAAGAGAAGGCCAGCAAGAUCAAAGCAGAGUAUGAGAAGCGCUUGAAGGAGAUGAACAGGGAUCUGGUUAAGCUGCAAGCCGCGCAGAAAGAGCACGGUCGCCUACUAAAGAACCAAGGCCGCUAUGAGAGAGAGCUCAAGAAACUGCAGGCUGAGGUGGCGGAGAUGAAGAAAGCCAAGGUGGCACUGAUGAAGCAGAUGAAAGAGGAGCAGCAGAGGAGGAGGAUGAUUGAGGCCAAGAGGAACAGAGAGAUCGCUCAGCUCAAGAAGGAACAGCGACGGCAGGAGUAUCAGAUCCGUGCACUUGAGUCGCAGAAGCGUCAGCAGGAGAUUGUUCUGCGGAGGAAGACUCAGGAGGUAACGGCCCUGCGGAGGCUUGCUAAGCCCAUGUCUGAGCGUGUGGCCGGCCGUGUGUCCCGCCGGCAGCCCAGCCUUGACUCUGGAGCCGAGCUGUCUGCCAGCACUACCACCACCUCGUCUGAGCCUGAAUCCAGUCGCUCAGUCUCUAGCAUCGUGCGCCAGUGGAACUCCAAACUGAAUGGCUACCUGGGAGAGAGCGAGGGCAGUGGGGGAGGGAACCGGCUGGCUAGCAGCAGAAAAAAGUUCCAGAGAAAAGGUGUGAGCAGCAGCUUCUCAAAGACGGCACGGCAGAAAUGGCAAGCUCUGGAGAGGAGGGUCAUGGAUAUAGUGAUGCAGAGGAUGACCAUUUCCAACAUGGAGGCUGACAUGGACCGCCUUAUAAAGAAACGGGAAGAGCUGUCCAUGCAGCAGGAGGCGCUGUUGCGUAAACGAGAGAAACUCUUAAGUGAGGGGCCUGGGGAGGAUGAAGAUGAGAGAGUUGUUCAAGAGAUGAAUGAAGAAAUUGAGGUGCUCAACGCCAACAUUGACUACAUCAAUGACAGCCUGUCAGACUGCCAGGCCACCAUUGUACAGAUUGAGGAAACCAAGGAUGAGCUGGACUCAGUGGACACCUCAGUUGUCAUCAGCUCCUGCUCCCUGGCUGAAGCUCGCCACCUUCUGGACCACUUUCUGAAGGCUUCCAUAGACAAGAACUUGCAGGUGGCCCAGAAGGAGGCCCAGAUCAGACUGCUGGAGGGGCAGCUGCGUCAGACUGAUGUGAUUGGUUCUUCCCAGAAUCACAUGAUCCUGGAUGCCUUGAGAGAAAAGGCAGAGUGUAUCCCAGAGUUACAAGCUCUCAUUCAUAAUGUCCAACAGGAGAACGGCUAUGCCAGCACAGAUGAGGAGGUGUCAGAGUUCAGCCAGGCCUCAGAAACCAGUUACUCCCAAAUGAAAUCUUCAGCCAGUCAAGAUGACUUCAAGCUCAAGGCUGAACCUCGCAUCUCUGGACAAAUGAAGGCAGUGUCAGCUGAAUACAUAGGCCCCAUCCUCGACUUGACAACGAAGAACAUCACCAAGUCUCUGGCGUCUCUGUCUGAGAUCCAUGAGAAUGGCUUAGGCUUUGCUCUCCGCGAGCCCUACAGAGAAAGUGUGUCCCGCACAAUCAGCCUGCCGGUUCGAGGACACACAUUUCCCAGGCAGUCCAGAAUCUCAGACACAUCAUCUCCACUGACCAGGAGGCAGUCUUACGACAGGAGCCAGUACAGGCCUCCUGAAGUUGUCUACACACCUCCUUCCUCCCCUCCUCUUCGUACCCGAAAUGACCGCAAUGUUUUCUCCCGCCUUACCAGCAACCAGAGCCAGGGGUCUGCACUGGACAAGUCUGAUGACAGCGACUCCUCUCUGUCGGAGGUGCUCAGGGGGGUGAUCAGUCCCAUAGCCGGACUGAAGGGGGGCAGGACAGCUCCUCUGCAGUGUGUGGCUAUGGCCGAGGGACACUCUAAGCCUGUGCUGUGCCUGGACGCCACUGAUGAGCUGCUUUUCACUGGAUCCAAAGAUCGCACCUGUAAGAUGUGGAACCUGGUAACGGGGCAGGAGAUAGUCACGUUGAGGGGACACCCCAACAACGUGGUGUCCGUAAAAUACUGCAGCAGUUCCGGCCUAGUCUUUACCGUGUCCACUUCUUACAUCAAGGUGUGGGACAUCCGUGACUCAGCCAAGUGUAUACGCACCUUCACUUCCUCGGGUCAAGUGGUGUCAGGAGACGCCUGUGCAGGCACCACCACCCGCACCAUCACCACGGCCCAGGGGGAGUACCAGAUCAACCAGAUUGCCCUGAACCCCUCCGGCUCUGUGCUCUACGCUGCAGCAGGCAACACAGUGAGGACCUGGGACUUGAACAGGAUGCAGGCCACAGGGAAGCUGACAGGCCACAUUGGCUCAGUCAUGUGUCUAACAGUAGGCUAUUCUGGUGGUGGCAAAGACCAAGUCAUCACCGGUUCUAAAGACCAUUAUGUGAAGGUGUUUGACGUGGCAGAGGGUGCUCAGGGGAACAUUGGCCCCGCCCACAACUUUGAGCCUCCCCACUAUGAUGGCAUUGAGUGCCUGGCCGUCCAUGGUGAUGUCCUUUUCAGUGGCUCCCGUGACAAUGGCAUUAAGAAGUGGGAUCUGGAGCAGCAGGAACUGAUUCAGCAAAUUCCAAAUGCGCAUAAGGACUGGGUGUGUGCAUUGGCAUACGUACCUGGGCGGCCCAUGCUGCUGAGUGCCUGUCGUGGGGGCAUGCUGAAGGUGUGGAAUGUGGACAACUUUACCCCCAUUGGAGAGAUCAAAGGUCACGACAGCCCUAUCAAUGCCAUCUGCACCAACUCCAAACAAAUCUUCACCGCCUCCAGUAGUGACUGUAGGGUGAAGUUGUGGAGUUAUAUCCCGGGGUUAACACCCUGUCUGCCCCGCCGGGUUCUGGCCAUCAAGGGCCGAGCCACCAGCCUCCCCUGAGAGCCUCCACUAACACCUCCUGCCUCUGCUGCCCUCUGUGACAGAAUGGUGAAGAUCUGGAAUCUGAGGAUGGCAAAGAAGAGGUGACAAUUGAAGGGCUGUAAAGAUGGUCCUCUACGUUCCCUUAUCUUGGGCUGCUGACUGAUUGGUCACUACCAGUCUGGAGCUGCCUUGGCCUCUGAGGUCAGUGGUCAUGUUCAGUUGUGGCAGAGACGAGCCCACGAGGAGGUGAUGCAAUGGAAGAACGUUCGUGAGAAGUUGAAGGCAAUAGUGAAUCUAAGGUGCCAGUUUUUUUCCGUCUGUGAAUUUUUUUAAGCCACCAUAUUGGUAUUUUUUGACUUCACACCAAAUGAUGAGCGUAUGUUGAGUCGUUUCAUACCGCAUACAUUUGCAGAAAGUGUCCUUCUGUGCUCUUCAUUUUUUGAAGGAAAAGACAAAAUCCUUUCACAUCUUUAGAUGUAGCUGCUGAUACUCCUUUUGCUUGUUUUUUUGUUUAUUUAUUAUUUCAUGAAUGACAAACAAACCAAGAUAAAGGCCUUGGGAAGACACUUCUGAGCUAAGUGGUGGGGGAAAACACUUUCAUUUUUACCCCCCCAGAGAGCCAUAUGUUUUUGGUCUUUUGUUGACUGAAUAUCAGAGACUGUCUCAUAGUUAGUCAGCAUCCAAAACACUGCAGAAGAAGGAAGAGAAAUGUUUUCUUUUUUUACCAUCUGUUGGAGGAUCACUGGAAUAUAACCACUGGGUGCAACUGGGUACAAAUGCGACUGUUUGGAAUCCAACCUGUAUUGUGUAAUAGUAUUGGCACACUCACCCACCAUCAUCUUCCUUCAGAAAGUGUAUUUUGGACAUUCUUUGAAAAUCUACUCUGGACUUCAUUACAGUUUGGUGUCUUCUUACCCUUAACAAAACUUUGUACAGCUUCACAUCUGUAGAUCCACUUCCUCUACUUUCAAAGAACAUACUCUCUCUGUGGUUUCUCCUGUGCUGUGAUGUUUUUAUGUUCUCUACCUCAGGUUUAAAUGAGUUUUUGGGGUGUAAAACCCUCGCCGUUUGCGUUUUGGGGCCCUAGCUCACAUCCGUUUCCCUGUCUCGUUAUUACUCAUCUGUGAAUAGAGCACUCCCUGUGCUCCACGAGUCCCAUAUCCACACGCUGCUGAGCAGGCAGUUUGAGAGGACGACGCCAAUAAGCCCGGGCCAGCAGGGGCCCGCAGUGUGCAGUAAAACUGGCACUUUGCUCUAAUGAAGGCUGCGGUGCUUAAGCAGGCAGAAUGAGACUCACCCGUCAAAGGGGUACAAACGGGGGGUUGGAGCUAGAGUCCACUGAGAUUCAGUGUGCUUGAUAGCUUUCUUCUGAUACAGCGAAGACUGGGGGGUGCUCCAUUUGGUGCAGUGAUGCUGGAAUUGGAAUCCACAAGAGAGAGAAAAGCUCAUCUUGAUGUUUCUGCAUUGCUUGGUUGUUGAUUGAUGAACAAACAAAAAACACAACAUGGUGCACCCACUGCUGACUACACUUGAGCUAUCUCUAAAGAGGAGAUUGUUCUACGAACGCAUUUAUUAAAAAAAUGACAUUUUAUUUCAUAUCAUUUCCGAAACACAGCAGUUCUUUUGUGAAUAAGAGGGGUUUAUAAUUUGAGUUACAAUUUUGAAUUGUGCACAUGAGUGCAAUAGGAAGUUGGAUCAACUAGUUAGGCAUACAAAAAUUAAAGUGCAGUUAAAAAUAGUGGUGUUUGGGAACACUUUUCAAGAGGAUGAUAGCACAGCUCGAAUAUAAUACCAUAUCGAAAGCAAACAUCAACAAGCUGUAAGACAGAGAACUGUUUUGUCUGUGUUCUACGAGCGAAAUUGUGACGGCCGGCAGUGUAAAGAAAUCAGCAAAUUUAUAGAGAGGGUCGUGUUGGAUAGUUGCAAUCAAAUGAAGUACUGGAGUGCAUAGAGUCAAAGCUGGCCCUGCUGCUGAACUUUCAGUGUAUAGAACUUUCAGUAGCCUGUCAUUAUAUAUUACAUUCAUUUCGUCUUUAGUUUUUUAUCAUGUAAUCAUGACCAUUUAAUUGUCAGCCCCUCAGUUUAAAGAGACCGGAAUCUUAUACAGGGUAUGUUAAAUACAGUUACUUCAUAUAAAUGUUGAUGCUUAGCCCUGCUUAUUUGUAACAUGUUUUAUGGUCCAUACAAAGAACAUUGUAGUAUCUUAGCACAGAAGUCAGUUGAUGUGUGUGCUUGUAAAUCAGAUAUUUUACAGUGACUUUAAACACGGCUCAGAAAAAUUUCAGACAUGUAACUAUUCACUUUUGUAAUUAAUAUUUUGAUGGGCCACAUCAUUGAUUUUAGGCUUGACAGUUAUUAGUCAAUCGCCAACUAGUGAUGGUUAGUGAUCAGUCAAAAAAAUGGUUGCUGCACAUGUACUGUUAAGGAACAUUCUGUAUUCAGCUGAUUAAGCAACUGUUAGAUAAUGUGUUGAUAUAUAACAGGAUAGUGUGAAACUCCCAAAGGUUUUUGCAUCAGUUUUCUUUGUGUUAGGUAUUUUACCAACCAUGAACUGAUCAGUUCUCAAAACAAGAUAAAGAAGCACACACUGGGCUAAUGAAAACAGAGCCUGCCUCCUCGGGGAAUGCUACUAAAAUCCUAAAGAAUCUAUUUUUAUGAAUAUUGAUUUUCCACUCUACAAGGCGUUAUGAAGUUUUUUUUUUUCCCACAGCAGAAUCCAAGCAAUGGCAGAACAUCAAAUGCUUUGGGAUGCCUUUUGGGCAGUGCCCCAUCUACACAACAACUGAUAUUUGUGACUUCAUCUGGAAUUAUCAUGUAGGAUCCACCCCAAUUACUGCACUGUUUCUGCUCCCCUGGUAAAACAUCCAAUAAUAUGCAGAAACAGUGAUGGGAAGUAGGUCAGAUUCAGGGAUGUUUUUUCUUUACCCUCCUGAAGGAAAAAAAAAACAGGAGUUUCACUCCUUAUUAAAUGAAACAGGAAGCAGCCUCCCCGGUGCUGGAGGAGCAGCAUGCCUGAUGGGGGUAUGUGGGCGAUGGCGGGGUUCAUUUUGGCACAACACUAAUACACGCGUGUAUUUUUAGACCAUCAAUCAUCCUCUUCCAGGGCUGUGCUCUCCUCCCAGCCCCCAGAUUUACUGUCUUUUUUAAUGAAACAUAUUUAUCACCCUAAUCUGCCCAUCUUUUUUUCCUGGGCGGCCCCUGGCGGCUCUAUAUCUGCAGUAGCAGCUGUCUGUGGGUGCUCCCGCUGUCAAGACCCAAGCUCUGAUUUCCAGUGCUGAGGGAUGGAUUUGCUCUGCUAAAAGCCCAGCAGCACAGAUAGAUGCACCUCAAGUGGUGUUUAAGGAGUGUAGCUGGUGUCCCACUAAAACCUCACAGAUUUUUGCUUUUUUGCCCCCCACGUACUCAAUAUGAUGAUACACUGAAAAAGUGAUGCAUUAAAUUGAUUUCCACGAUUUACACAUGAAUAAAAUAUAUGACACAAUUUUGCCUUUUACUCACUUUGGGCAAUAGUUGUGUUGAUGUAGCGUUUUUCUAUUCAUGUACAAAUGUGCCCAGUGGAAUCAUGUAAAUUUGAUGCAUUACUUUUUUCAGUGGUUAAGCAUGAAUCAGAGAUUGUUGUAAUGCUACACUCUUAAGAAUAAAAAAUGGUAGAAAUGCUUCUGGGGAGUGAUUCCACAGAAGACUGCUUUUUCUUCCCAGAAGAGCCUUUCAGUGGACGGUUCUUUAAAGAAACGUUUCUCUAAAUGAGAUGUGAGUGUGAGGAACCUUUGAAGAAUCUCCACAUGAUGAAAAAUGAAUGGUUUUUGCUAGAAAUGUGCAUUCAAGUCAAGAACCAUUAAGGAAUCUAAAAAUUUCCAUUCCAUGCUUAUGUUAUGUUUCCAUUCCAUGCUUAUGUUGUUUUGUUCUUUUUUCCCUCUAGAAAGGUUAUUAUGUGAAGCUGCUAUCAGUCUUUCCAAGCUACUCCAAAAUGGUUGAUAUGAAAAUAUAAAGUGUGAUAUGAGACCUAAAAGUCUCAGUUGUAAGUGUAUAGUGUUGAUGUUCACUCUGAUCUAACUAAAUUGCUGCAUCAUCUCAUACUCAGUAAUGACUAGGAGAGUCUUUUGAAACCUUCAGAAGUAAUUAAGAGCAUAAGAGGUAUAGGAAUAGGAGUCUAUGUAUAGUCUUAUAUUGCUGUUUGGAGGCUAUUAUUCUAAGUAGGCACUAGACAGUGUGAGUUCUUCUCCCUGCCAAAGUACACUCUUCAAAGCUAUAUAUAUCUAACGUUUAAGAUUUAUAUACAGUACUAUGCAAAAUCAGAGACCUUAAAUUUACUUUAACAACUUUUAUUCAGUUUCAAGUCAAAACAGCUAUUAAGCAUUUUAUUCAAGUAUUUUUGAAAUGAUUAGAUAUGCACUUGCUUAAGAAAAUGAGAUGUCAAGGUUUCAGAACUGGAAAUCAAAAAAAAAAAAUACUAAAAGAAAUAGAGAAAA